AUGUCUGACGAAGUUUAUGAGGGUGCCAUUGGCAUUGACUUGGGUACUACCUACUCAUGUGUCGCCAAUUAUGAAGGCGCAAAUGUCGAAAUCAUCGCCAAUGAACAGGGAAGCUUCACCACGCCCUCGUUCGUCUCCUUCACCGAUAAGGAACGUCUUAUUGGUGAGGCAGCCAAGAACCAGGCUGCUAUGAACCCUGAAAACACUGUCUUCGAUAUCAAGCGUUUGAUCGGACGACGCUUCGAAGACCCUGUGGUCAAGAAGGAUAUCGAGUCCUGGCCUUUCAAGGUCGUUGACCAGGGUGGUAACCCCGUCGUCGAAGUCGAGUACCUCGGCGAAACCAAGACUUUCUCUCCCCAGGAAAUCUCCUCCAUGGUCCUCGUUAAGAUGAAGGAAGUUGCCGAAACCAAGCUCGGCAAGAAGGUCUCCAAGGCUGUCAUCACCGUUCCCGCCUACUUCAACGACAACCAGCGACAAGCUACCAAGGAUGCUGGUGCCAUCGCUGGACUGAAUGUCCUCCGUAUCAUCAACGAGCCUACCGCUGCUGCCAUUGCUUACGGUCUCGGCUCCGGAAAGUCCGACAAGGAGCGCAAUGUCCUCAUCUACGAUUUGGGUGGUGGUACUUUCGAUGUCUCCCUCCUUAACAUCCAGGGUGGUGUCUUCACUGUCAAGGCUACCGCUGGUGACACUCACCUUGGUGGUCAGGACUUUGACACCAACCUCCUUGAGCACUUCAAGAAGGAAUUCACACGCAAGACUAAAAAAGAUCUCUCUGGCGAUGCUCGUGCCCUGCGUCGUCUCCGUACCGCUUGUGAGCGUGCCAAGCGUACCCUUUCCAACGCCACCCAGACUACCGUCGAGAUCGACUCUCUCUUCGAUGGCGAGGACUUUGCUGCCCAGAUCACCCGUGCUCGUUUCGAAGACCUCAACGCCAAGUCAUUCUCCGGUACCCUGGACCCUGUCCAGCAGGUCCUGAAGGACUCUGGCAUGGAGAAGCGCGCCGUUGAUGAGAUUGUUCUCGUUGGUGGCUCCACCCGUAUUCCCCGUAUCCAGAAGCUCCUCAGCGACUUCUUCGACGGAAAGAAGCUCGAGAAGAGCAUCAACCCCGACGAGGCUGUUGCCUACGGUGCCGCCGUCCAGGCCGGUAUCCUCAGUGGCAAGGCUACUAGCGCUGAGACCUCUGACCUCCUCCUUUUGGAUGUCGUCCCUCUGUCUCUUGGUGUUGCCAUGGAGGGUAACAUCUUCGCCCCUGUCGUUCCUCGCGGCAACACUGUUCCUUGCCUUAAGAAGCGCACUUUCACCACUGUUGUUGACAACCAGCAAACCGUGCAAUUCCCCGUUUUCCAGGGUGAGCGUACCAACUGCGAGGACAACACCUCUCUGGGAGAGUUCACCUUGGCUCCUAUCCCCCCCAUGAAGGCUGGUGAGGCUGCUUUGGAAGUUGUCUUCGAGGUCGACGUCAACGGUAUCUUGAAAGUCACUGCCACUGAGAAGUCGUCUGGACGUACUGCCAACAUCACCAUCUCCAACGCUGUCGGUAAACUUUCCACCACCGAGAUCGAGCAGAUGGUUGAAGACGCUGCCAAGUUCAAGACCAGCGAUGAGGCUUUCAGCAAGAAGUUCGAAGCUCGUCAACAGCUUGAAUCCUACAUUUCCCGCGUAGAGGAGAUCAUCUCAGACCCCACCAUGUCGUUGAAGAUCAAGCGCGGAAACAAGGAUAAGAUCGAGUCGGCCUUGAGCGAUGCCAUGGGCCAGCUCGAAAUUGAUGACUCUACGCCUGAUGACCUGAAGAAGAAGGAGCUCGCCCUGAAGCGACUCAUCACGAAAGCCAUGGCUACCCGCUAA